GGAACCUGUGAAGGAAAGCCUGUGAAGGCAGCCCUGGGCUGGGACUCCUGUCGGACCCAGCGAGAGGGAUUCCAAGGAGACCGCCAGGAAGCCCGCGGCUUGUAGUUUCCGCUCUCUGGAGUCCGCGUCUCCGCAGCCGCGGUCUGGGAGCUCCGCACGUCUUAAAGGGGGUGAAGGGGAGUUGGGGGGGAGUGGAGACAGGCUGCUCCUAAUGCCGCACCUCAGGAGGCGCGCUAGGAGGGAAACCGUCACCGCCGCCUCUGCCUCCGCGCUUAACAAACGGUUAAAGAUUUUGGGCAGUGCCUCGCUGGGGGAGGAGCCAGGGGCCCAAUCCGCAAUUAAAGAUGAACUUUGGGUGAACUAAUUGUCUGACCAAGCGAAGGAAAUUCCUGCAGAUGAAGCGCAGGAAAUACGGCUUCAUCUACAAGACGCAUCUGUUCGGGCGGCCCACAGUGCGGGUGAUGGGUGCAGACAACGUGCGACGCAUCUUGCUUGGGGAGCACCGGCUGGUGUCGGUCCACUGGCCCGCGUCGGUGCGCACCAUUCUGGGCUCUGGCUGCCUUUCCAGCCUACACGACUCCUCGCACAAGCAGCGCAAGAAGGUGAUUAUGCGGGCCUUCAGCCGCGAGGCGCUCCAGUGCUAUGUGCCGGUGAUCGCGGAGGAAGUGGGCAAUUGCUUGGAACAGUGGCUGAGCUGCGGCGAGCGCGGCCUCCUGGUCUACCCCCAGGUGAAGCGCCUCAUGUUCCGCAUCGCCAUGCGCAUCCUACUGGGCUGUGAGCCCGGGUUGGCAAGCGGCGGGGAUGCAGAGCAGCAGCUGGUGGAGGCCUUCGAAGAAAUGAUCCGCAAUCUCUUCUCGUUGCCCAUCGACGUGCCUUUCAGCGGGCUGUACAGGGGUAUGAAGGCGCGGAACCUCAUCCACGCUCGCAUCGAGGAGAACAUUCGCGCUAAGAUUUGCGGGCUGCGGACGGCGGAGGAGGGCGGGGGCUGCAAAGAUGUGCUUCAACUGCUGAUCGAGCAUUCCUGGGAGAGAGGAGAGAGGCUGGACAUGCAGGCACUAAAACAAACUUCAACUGAACUCCUCUUUGGAGGACAUGAUACUACAGCCAGUGCAGCCACAUCUCUGAUCACUUACCUGGGUCUCUACCCACAUGUUCUCCAGAAAGUUCGGGAAGAGCUGAAGAGUAAGGGUUUACUUUGCAAGAGCAAUCAAGACAACAAGUUGGACAUGGAAAUUUUGGAACAACUCAAAUAUAUUGGAUGUGUUAUUAAAGAGACCCUUCGACUGAACCCCCCAAUUCCAGGGGGCUUUCGCGUUGCUCUUAAGACUUUUGAAUUAAAUGGAUACCAGAUUCCCAAGGGCUGGAAUGUUAUCUACAGUAUCUGUGAUACUCAUGAGGUGGCGGAUAUCUUCACCAACAAAGAGGAAUUUAAUCCUGACCGAUUUAUGCUGCCUCAUCCAGAGGAUGCAUCUAGAUUCAGCUUCAUCCCAUUUGGAGGAGGCCUUAGGAGCUGUGUAGGGAAAGAGUUUGCAAAAAUUCUUCUCAAAAUAUUUACAGUGGAGCUGGCCAGGCAUUGUGACUGGAGACUUCUAAAUGGACCCCCUACCAUGAAGACCAGUCCCACUGUGUGCCCUGUGGAUGAUCUCCCCGCAAGGUUCACCCGCUUCCAGGGGGAAAUCUGAUGGGCUGCUAUGUCUAGACUUCGGACUCAUUUGAAGUGUACCUGGGAGUUUCCCCAUAGUGUUGUGUUGAUUUUAUUAUAUUUAAUUUCUAAAUGUAUAUUAUAAUAUUUAUGUGACUCUACUACAAUACCACAAUCUUUAAAUAUUGAAAUAAUGAAUUUGUAUAGCUCCCAAAUAAAGUAACAUUUGAAAGGUGCUUGUUUUGCAUUUAAGAUUCCUAUGGGGAACUAACCAGUUCAAUAUUUACAAUUAGUAUAUCGAAUCAUAUUUAACCAGUUUCUAAACAACUACAUGCAUGACUUGAUCAUCUGUGCAU